GGCAAAAACUACAUCAUUCCCGAUGACGAACCAGUCAGUUCACUGAUCCUGUUAGGCCAUCAUGGACAAACAAACCUUUUUAGCGCUUAUUCUAAGCUCUUUCUUGGGUCUUUGUAGUGGGUUUUUGGGACUUGGUGGUUCUGAGAGCAGUGCUAAGGUACAAUUUCACAAAGGAAGCCAAUUUGGCUUUGAAAAAGACCCUAACGUUUAUGCGCAUUUCGUAAUUCCUCCGUGGAACAGACCAUUCAAACCAGGAUACUGUCUUAGUUGGGAAUGGCACACAGACAAGAAAUACAGAGAUAAGAGAGUGGCCAUCUGCAAGCAAUACAACGAAGGCAAGCACGAAUGUGACUCAGAGUCUGGUUUCUGUCCUGAUAAAUGUCCUUACACUAAUGGCAGUUAUCCUUACUGGAGAAUACGUAACGCAGCGGAUGUACCUUUCCUGUGGGUUGUAUCAGGCAUAAAGUUUUACGACACCGCAGCGUCCACCAAAGCGCUUAACGCUGAGCCCAAGAGAGGCUAUGCCAGCAGCUACUUUGGACCUGGAUAUGCUCCCAGCAUGGCAUUCGAUAAUAAUCCCGAGAGCCUUUGGAUUUCCAACGGUGCUGCUCCUCCGGGCAUGCAGUGGAUUGCGUACGAAUUUCCCUACCCAGUCUUUGUAGGCUCGAUUCACAUCGCAUCAGAGGAAGACAAACCCGAUCGGAUGCCUUCAUUGAUGUAUGUGGAGGCUUCCUGUGAGAAGUACUUCAGAAAUUUUGUCACUCAGUGGGUUAUUUUCAACCCUGAGCAUAGCGUGAACAAGCGAUAUAACGUAUUUUCUAUGGCAAAGUUCACAACUCUUGGAGCCACAGGCCGCCUGGGUCCCACAUCAGUGGGGAAUUACUACCAUGGUCAAGAUCACGAGGGACAAGUGACCGUUAACAAGGGAAUUCAGAUGUGGAAGAUCCCAGCCACCGGAAUGUACACAAUUGAAGCUGCAGGAGCUGCUGGUGGACACGACAAGUUCACGUCAUCAAGCAAGCGCGGAAAGGGAGCUCGCGUUAAGGGAAAUUUCCAUCUGAAACGAGGGGAUGUUCUUAAGGUCCUCGUUGGUCAGGAGGGAGGAGUUAACACUGUUUCUGGAGGAGCAGGGGGAGGCGGUGGAAGCUUUGUAGUUGCUGAUGACAACACACCUCUUUUAAUCGCCGGUGGAGGUGGUGGUGUCGAUAAAAUGAAGGGUGAGAGCCCGCGGUGUCACGGGUCAGGCUCUAGCGAUGGAAACGCGGGAUAUGGUGGUUCACAGUUCCAGGGAGGCACUGGAGGGAAGGGAGCGGAAGAAGGCGACAAUAAUUACUCUGGGGGAGGUGGUGGUGGAUUUGAGACUAACGGACGCUCAAACCAAAACUUCGGUGGCGCUAAGGGAACAGGUGGUGAAGGAGGAAAAUCAUUCUACAAAGGUGGUGUCGGAGGUCGAUCUAAUCAGAAUGAAAUAGAAGGUGGAUUCGGUGGCGGCGGCGGACCAAACGGAGCCGGCGGUGGUGGUGGUGGUGGUGGUGGCUACUCUGGGGGUGCCAGUGGAAGCCGAUCUAAUUCCUGUGGGGGAGGUGGUGGAUCGCAUAACAGUGGCAAGGAGCAGUCUAACCAAGCUGGUUCUAACGCCGGUCCUGGUUACGUUAUCAUCAAACUUCUCAACGUCAGAUAGUUCCAAAGUUGAAUUUUUUACAUUCGAGUUUUCAAAUGAAACUAGUCGAGCUUUUUUUCCUGUUUCGAUUUCUUAGAAAUAACCGAUGAUUCUCCUCACCUCAAAAUAGUCCUAAGGCAAAGAAUGUUUCUAAUCAUUUUGAAACUAUGAUUGUCACUUUGUUUUAAAUGAAAAAUAAAGCGAUUGAAUGCA